ACUCACUGGCACUAUGGCUGCAGAACAGAUCAAGCUGAAAUGUGCGUUUCGGACUGGUGCGCUUCUGGUUGUGGUGCUACUGCAAGCCGUGGCGUAUGGGACCGCUACUGGCGUGUUUCUAAGCUAUAUACCGGACCCCGCUACUAAUGUAGUUCCUAAUGUGCCUCCAGAAACAUACUUUCAUUAUGUGGUAGAUAUCGACAGUGUUACACAGCCAACACUGAUCCGCAUCAAGCAAGAACCGUACGUGGUGGUGAAGGUAUCUAACUUUGAGUUUUGUACGGUAAUAUGGAGCAACAAGCAUUUAUUGAGGCGUGUACCAGCAAGACGGGCAAUAAAAGACUUUUGCAGAUCGAUACGCCAGUCAGGAAAAGAGAUGGCAACUGCCACGGAAGUGACGUCCGAACUUGACGUCACCGCUACUGGCGAGUCUGGUAAAGCAUUGCGUGCCGAAGCGAGACUGGCGGAACGACAGCACCCCUCUGCUGAAGCACUGAACCUGAAGAAACUCACAGAAUGGUGCAAGCAUCGGAAGCAUAUAGACAACAAACUGGUUCGAGUAUAUUUAUCAGAUAUCUGCAGCAACUUGGGUAAAACAGCGCCCACAACUCUACCUGCCAAAUCAUUUGGACCCCUCACGGCAGUACCCGUAACGACAGAUACUACAACUGAUCCCACGACUGAAGCAGAAACGGACGUAACGUCGAAAGGAGCCUACGCUUCGCAGCCAGCAGUAAGCGGCGUGGAGCCAAAGAUGGGCGGGGCGUCCAAUUAUUCUCACAUAGACCUUACCAUAGAAAUAUGCCAGAACCUGCACAUAUUAGAUAUUCCACAGCCAACAAGACGUGUGAUGGGUAUCUUCUGCAGACUUCAAUAUCGUACAGAAAAUAAAGCGGUCAUGGCCAUGGAAGGUACAUCAAACACGACGCAGCCUUCGGAUCUCAAGGCUCAGCAUAGGAGAUUUUUCAAACUUAGAGUUUGUCCUCAUCUGGAACAAGCAAAGGAACUAAAAUUUUUAUCAAGCAACUUGCCGAGUUACUGCAAAGAUUUAGCUAAUGAGGGCACAGAUAUGUCAGCGGAAUCGUAUGGGACCGUCACUUUUGCCCAAGUGGCUAAAGAUGCGGAUCCCAUGACUGAAACUGUGACCUUGAAGACAGCCUACACUUACAAUGCACAGUCAGCAGUAACCAGCCUGAAGCCAGAGAUGGGCGCGGCAUACAAUAUUUCUGACACGGAGCUUGGCCUAUUACUGUGUGAGAACUUUCAUUUAGUAGAUAAUUCCGUGCCCUUUAUGGCAAGACGGGCACUAUUACUCUACUGUAAAAUUAUGAAUCUUACAGAUACAGGAACGAGUACGGCCGCCGCCACGGAAGUGAUGUCUGCACCCAAGCUUACCACAACAGCGGCCGCAGGCACAUCUGAAGGACCUUUCGACACGAGUCGUGUCCCUGAUACUGAGCAAGCUGCGACGAGCGUGACGCAACAAGAGGAAGCCUCUUCACACAUCUCGUCCUUGACCAAACUCAGAGAAGUGUGCAGACAUCUGAAUCAAGUAAAGAAUAAAAUGUUUGGACCAUUUAUACCGGGGCUCUGCAAGCACGUCGAUGAACCAGAUGUGUCGGCGGAAUCGAAUGGGACCGUCACUGCUGCCCAAGUGACUAGAGAUGCGGAUCCCAUGACUGAUGCUGUCACCUUGAAGACAGCCUACACUUACAGUGCACAGUCAGCAGUAACCAGCCUGAAGCCAGAGACGGGAGCGACACACAAUAUUUCUGACACGGAGCUUGGCCUAUUAGUGUGUCAGAACCUUCUUUUACUAGAUAAUUCCGUGUCCUAUAUAGCGAGACGGGCUCUAGCACACUAUUGUAAAAUUAUUAAUCCUACAGAUACAGCAACGAGUACGGCCGCCGCCACGGAAGUGAUGUCUGCCCCCAAGCUUACCACAACAGCGGCCGCAGGCACAUCUGAAGGACCUUUCGACACGAGUCGUGUCCCUGAUGCAGAGCAAGCUGCGACGAGCUUGACGCAACAAGAGGAACCCUCUUCACACAUCUCGUCCUUGACCAAACUCAGUCAAUUGUGCAGACAUCAGAGUGAAGUAAAGAAUAAAAUGUUUGGACCAUUUUUACCGGGGCUCUGCAAGCACGUCGCUGAACCAGACAAAGAUAUGUCGGCGGAAUCGAAUGGGACCGUUACUACUGCCCAAGUGACUAAAGAUGCGGAUCCCAUAACUGAAGCUGUGACCUUGAAGACAGCCUACAUUCACAGUGCACAGUCAGUAGUAACCAGCCUGAAGCCAGAGAUGGGCACUGCAUACAAUAUUUCUAACACGGAGCUUGGCGUAUUAGUGUGUGAGAACCUUCAUUUAAUAGAUAAUUCCGUGUCCUUUCUAGCAAGACGGACUCUAGGACUGUACUGUAAAAUUAUGAAUCUUACAGGUACAGGAACGAGUACGGCCGCCGCCACGGAAGUGAUGUCUGCCCCCAAGCUUACCACAACAGCGGCCGCAGGCACAUCUGAAGAACCUUUCGACACGAGUCGUGUCCCUGAUACUGAGGAAGCUGCGACGAGCUUGACGCAACAAGAGGAACCCUCUUCACACAUCUCGUCCUUGACCAAACUCAGACAAUUGUGCAGACAUCUGAAUCAAGUAAAGAAUAAAAUGUUUGGACCAUUUUUACCGGGGCUCUGCAAGCACGUCAAUGAAACAGAUAUGUCGGCGGAAUCGAAUGGGACCGUCACUGCUGGCCAAGUGACUAGAGAUGCGGAUCCCAUGACUGAAGCUGUCACCUUGAAGACAGCCUACACUUACAGUGCACAGUCAGCAGUAACCAGCCUGAAGCCAGAGACGGGAGCGACACACAAUAUUUCUGACACGGAGCUUGGCCUAUUAGUGUGUCAGAACCUUCUUUUACUAGAUAAUUCCGUGUCCUAUAUAGCGAGACGGACUCUAGCACACUAUUGUAAAAUUAUUAAUCCUACAGGUACAGGAACGAGUACGGCCGCCGCCACGGAAGUGAUGUCUGCCCCCAAGCUUACCACAACAGCGGCCGCAGGCACAUCUGAAGGACCUUUCGACACAAGUCGUGUCCCUGAUGCUGAGCUAGCUGCGACGAGCGUGACGCAACAAGAGGAACCCUCUUCACACAUCUCGUCCUUGACCAAACUCAGACAAUUGUGCAGACAUCAGAGUGAAGUAAAGAAUAAAAUGUUUGGACCAUUUUUACCGGGGCUCUGCAAGCACGUCGCUGAACCAGGUUCGACGUCACAGCCACAUAAGCUGAUGACAAGCUCAUCUAGUGGCGAACCUGUUAAAGAAUCUAAUGACGAAUCUGUUGACGAAGCCGGUGAUGGGUCUACUGAUGAAGCCGCACAACCAACCACGCUGAUGACAAAUACUCGUCGUCAUGAAUCUAUCGAUGAAUCUAUUAAUAAAUCUGUACUGCACCAGAUAAUGGCUGGCGAUGUAUCUUCUGUUUUCAUCACUGUCUUUCGUGAUUUUUUUACCAGAAGUUUGACUUAAAUGCUGAACGGCUCACCAGCUGCA